GGCAGAUUAGUGGGCCUGGCAGCAGCUAUGGGAGGCCAGUAAUCUGCCAGCACCCUAUCAUGACAAAAAAUGGAACACACCAGCAUUGUGAGGGAGACCUUAAAGUGGCACAUGGGCAGAGUGUGGCGAUGGAGACAGCAGCAAUGGCCAGGCCGUACAGCACCCUAUACAAAAAAUGGAACACACCAGCAGUGUGAGGAGAGCCUGAAAGUGGCACAUGGCAGAGUGUGGCGAUGGAGACAGCAGCAAUGGGAGGCCGUACAGGGACCC